GAUACGUUGUUUAAAAUGUCGUGGUACAUUUUAAUAAUUAUAUUAUCUGUAAUAUGUACAUCAGACUGUAGGAAUUAUACCAAAGGUUUUAUAAAACAGGAUUAUUCUAAUAUAGAUACAAAGAAUGUGACCAAUAGUACAAGUUACGUUUCUUUGAGAAGCAAGAGCGACUUGAUUUUGUGUCCGUAUUUUAAAGAAACCAAGUUAUAUAUAGAGAAAAUGGUGGAUGUAUGGCAGACGGUAAUACAUACGGCCAAGGAUGAAGUACCAUGCUUUAAAAUUCAAAUACGAAAAGUGGGAAAAUCGGAAAGAAAAUCGAACAAGGCUCGUUAUGGUACAAUAGUAGGUGGCAAUGUCCUGUGGGAAAAUUGUACGUUAGAGAUUAGGACUCCAAGCAGUAAGGUUUUUAAAAGACGACACUUUCUUCAACGAACCAUGUACAAUGGUGUUUUCAAAAAUAUUAUUAUCGAAAUAGGUGCAACAAAAAAAAUUGUAAAUGAAAAUCCAGAUCAAUGGUUCCUACGAAAGAACUUGUUGAUAAUGAGAGAUUGUUUUAAUGGCGAUAUCGUUAUUUUUGCUAGGGUACCAUAUAAGCCAAGUAGAAAACUGCUAGAGGAUACAUUGAAGGUUUACAAGAAGAAUGGUUCAUGGACUUGCAAUCGUACUUUCAAGCCAAUAAGGGAAAAGCGAUAAAUUAAGCAGGAAUUAACCUCAGUGCCUGGAGAAUGUUACUGUGACAAGGUUGGCUAUCCGUCUGUCUUAGUUCAUUUACAAUACAUAUUAUUAGAUAAGUAUCUAGUUAUAUACUUUUAAUCGGGUAUAACAUAUUAAAAAUAUACAUGUAUUAUAUUAGUGCAUAUGCAACGCCAAGGCGCUUUUAUAAAAAAAUGUUAAUAAAUUGUAAUACUUUUUCUACCAAGUAUUGUUUAUGUGUAAUGUAUCGUACGAGUUGAUCUGUUCACACAAAAUAUAACUGACUGGUUAUAAAACCAUUAUUGUAGACUUGGUUUAUAACUUAGUAUUGACAGUUUUGAAUUUGUAUAAAUAAUGUCUUUUCAAAUAUACCUCACACAUA